UGAAUAUUUAUUUGAUAAGGAGUCCAAAAUAUCUGAUCUCAUGCGCAUAAUUCACUUCAGUUAUGGUUUCAGAGAUUCCUUAUUUUGGUUCCUAACUCAAAAAACAACUAUGGCGGGUGCAUGCAGCAGAGCACCCAUUUCCCAUCUUCCUCUGCGGAACCCCAAAACCAGAAUCUAUAAUUCUCAGAGCAGAGUUCUUCAACAUCCAAAUAGGCGUUUGUUCCUCUUCUCUCUGCCCCUGUCUAGUUUCGUUCUCCUUCCCGUUCCCAGCUUUGGUGAUGGUAACGGUGCAAUUGAUAAAUUUCAACAUGGGUCUUCUUCCUCAUACGCUGCCACAAUGUAUGACCCUCUAAGUGCUGCUGAAAGAGAAGCAAGUGCUUUAGUUUCACAGAGAGUCUCUCAAGCAGUGGAUUUGUUGGAGAAAGGGAGGGAAUUGCAGGCUCAGGGAGACUUUGCUGCUGCUCUUGGUUACUUUUCUCAGGUUGUUGAAAGCUACAAAGACUUGGCAUUCUCAGAGUAUGCAAGGGUAGGAAGGGCAUUGGCCCUGUAUGAAGUUGGUGACAGAGAAGAAGCAAUUGCAGAGAUGGAGGACGUUUCAAUAUCCCUAAAAGGAUAUCCAGAAAUACAUGCAGCUCUUGCGGCAGCCUUAUAUGCAGAUAAACACGCCGCAUUGCUUGCUGAAAACCAGUUUGCCAUUGCAACUCUUCUUGAUCCCCAUUUUACAGACAUUUCAUAUGUUAGAGACACAAAGCACUGGCCUCCAAGUUUGAUCAGUUCUCUGCAGAACUUCAUCACACUGUCUUAAGACCUCACAAUAUUGAUACGUUUUGGUUAACCCAUACUAAGCGUCAACUAUAUAAAAGCAAAAAGUUGAAGCCGACCAAUAA